AUGACCAAGACUCAGACCGUUGGUGUGCUUGCUCUUCAGGGAGCUUUCGCCGAGCACUGUCGACAUCUCGAAAAGGCCGCUGCCAAGCUCCACAAGGAUGUUGAGGUUAUCGAGGUCCGAACCCCCACCGAGCUGGAGAAGUGCGAGGGUCUGGUGAUUCCCGGAGGCGAGUCCACCGCCAUUUCUCUGGUGGCCCAGCGAUCCGCCGGUAUGCUGGAUGCUCUGCGAAAGUUUGUCACUGUGGACAAGAAACCCACCUGGGGCACCUGUGCUGGUCUGAUUCUCAUCUCCUCCGGUAUCUACGACCACAAGACCGAGAAGCAGACUCUGGCCGGCACCCCCGAGAUUGACGCACACGGAAACAAGGUCGCUGACCAGACCGUUUCUGCUCUCUUUGGAGGCCUGGACGUGGUGGUGUCUCGAAACUACUUUGGCCGACAGCUGGGCUCCUUCAUCGCCCCUCUCAAGCUUAGCAACUUUGGAGUCUCCUCUACAAUCACCGACAAGGAGGCUGUUUUCGACGCCGUUUUCAUUCGAGCUCCUGUAGUUUUCAAGACUCUCAACGACGACGUCAAGGUUCUGGCUGAGGUUGAGGAUCCCUCUGAUCCCACCAAGAAGCUCAUUGUGGCUGUCGAGCAGGGCCACAUGAUGGGCACCUCUUUCCACCCCGAGCUCAGUGACGACACUCGAAUUCACGAGAUCUGGCUCAGCAAGUUUUUGUAA